AUGUCAGCGAAUGGCUAUCUCAAAGGCCAAAUCACGAAGGCUGCAAAUGCCUUACGAGCGAAAAUCUCAUCGGUCGAGCAAGAAUUGGAUGGAUCUGCUCCGGAUGCAAAGGUUUGCGGAGAUACCAUACUACUUCAGAAAAAAUUUAAACUUCAAGAAGCAGUAAUGAGUCUUAAAUAUUUGAUGAAGUCUCUGAAAGAUAAUUGGAAGCGCGCUGAAAACCACGCUGCCACCAAAACUGAUAGUGAUGAACAGUACACCCUCUUGCAGGAGUUCACAGACCAUUGGGACGCCAACGGUUCGGAUGAACUCUUGAUAAGAGGUGAACUUUCGGUUUCUCUAUUAGAAACAAUAAUUUCUACCCUCAGUACUUCACAGGAAAAAGAGACAGAGCACGCAGAACAUAGUUCAGUAGGACAUCUAGACCAGACGGUUCAACUGCCUAAGCUAGAACUCCCUGAUUUCAGUGGAGAUAUGAGUGCCUUCCCAGACUUCUGGGAAUUGUACUCCGUCGCGAUCCAUUCCAACCCGACGUUAUCUCCCGCUACCAAAUUCAUACACCUCAAAAGCAAACUCAAAGGCAAGGCCAAAGAUCUGAUCGCUUCUGUUCGCUUAUCUCCGGAGAACUAUCAAGAGGCAAUAGAUCUUCUGCUCAGUACCUACAAUCGUCCACAAGUUCUGCGAAACAGACUAGUCGAAGAGCUGGAAAUGUUACCUCCCGCAGAUAGUACUCCAACCGAUCAACGUAGUACACUUUGUAAAAUAAAGGCCAUAUGGGUCCAGCUGAAGAAUCUGAAAGAACAACCAGGAUCUACUACAACAAUGCGCAUAAUUCGUUCUAAAUUCCCACAAAAAACCAGAGAAAAGGUAGGAGAAAUGAGGCAAAAGAACGAUGAGUGGACCGCAGAAGAAUUGAUACUCGCCUUCGAUCAAGUCAUCGAUCGACUGGAGAUUAUGGAGGACAAUGAUCCACUGCUGUCUGCCUCACAAUCGUCCACGAUCAAUAAUGUAUGGGCAGGCUCACACUCUUCCAAGAAUGCGAAAAUAAGAGAACACACAAAAGGGCGAAGAGUUAGCCCAUAUAGGCCGCUUCAUUCCACUGGUAGUUCACAUAAGUCACGGGAACUUUCUCGGUGUGCCUUCUGCGUACGCACAGGUCAUAGCGCCUACGAUUGUAACGAAGUCCUAUCCCCAUACGCAAGACGAAAAAUGACAGCGGAACUGAAUCUGUGCUGGAAAUGUCUUAAAAGUGGUCAUCGUAGUUCACAAUGCAACGCUCAGCCAUGUCUGAAAUGCGGCAGAGCACACAAUAGCGCUCUUUGCUACGUCAAUAGUAGAUCGCGUAGUAGCAGUAGAUCCAACAGCCCAAGACAACGUCAGCCAUACAGGAGAAGUUCUACAGACAGCUAUUCGUCUAGUUCAGGUUUCAGGAAUAGAUCCAGGACGGUCUCUCGAUCACCAAGUCCUAACUACAGAGAGAAAGCCUUUCAAAGAAAUAAUAAGACAAAUAGGAAAGGAUCACCACACCCCAAAGUUGGGUUCAAGAAUCUUCCGACUAGUCACAUCUACUCCACUCCAUCGUACACAACGCACGAAGAUACCCAGGAAGUGGAGUAUACUGCAAACCACUCAGAUGUACAAGAAGAUGAUCACUCAGAAGAUGACUUGUUCCUUGUGAACGCAGUCCAGACAAUGAAAGCAUCCUCGCACAUGUCAUCAGAUCAUAACAUACCACAACUUGCUGCAUGUAAAGUAGCCAGUUUGGCAAAUCCCCCUCGCCUUAUGAUAAUAAAGGCAAGUACACGCAAUUAUAACAACGACUCCGACCAGCUAGUGACCGUAUUAUUGGAUAGCGGUUCACAGCAUAGUUACAUCAAGCGAAAUGUCGCUCAAGAUCUGGGGUUACAAUUCACAUGCCCCCAAGAAAUAACUACAAUGACAUUCGGAGGACAUGCGCAAACCGAAACAUCUUACCGCGUGAACGUUGUACUUCAAAACAUCCGAAAUGGCAACUCAACACCUCUCCACUUGUGGACCCGCAAUUUCAUAACAACUGUUUCCACAGAUGGAGAUGAAGAGAAAAGACGCAAACACUUCAGAAGCAAAGUCGAAGUAGACAUUUUAAUCGGAAUGGAUUAUUACUGGGACCUGGUCGACUUCAAAUUCAAUCGUCGGCUUCCUUCCGGACUGGUGGAAUGUCGAACAAAACUUGGACCCGUACUGUCAGGUUACUCGCCAUCACCAUCAUCUACAGUUCAUUCUGCUCUCGGACGUCCUAAGGAUGAACAAGAUUCAAACAGAGAGACUGAAAAGAUAGUACAACAUCUUUUUGGUCUAGAAAUGGCUGGUAUGAAAGAAGACAAUGAGGACGCGGAUAACGAAGUGAUAAAGCGGUAUCGUGACACA